CCCUGCUUGACCAGUUUGAGCCUGGUGGAUAUUUUGGUCCAUAUCCUCAAAGUUCCUGAUUUGUCUCAACUACUUUGCAGGAGAGAUUGAAGCUGAACACAGAAAUGGCCUCUGCCUUCAAGCCCCGAGAAUGUCAGCUGUCUAAACAAGAAGGGCAAAGCUAUGGCUUUUUCCUGCGAAUUGAGAAGGACACCGAUGGCCACCUGGUCCGGGAGGUUGAGACGGGCAGCCAGGCAGAGAAGGCUGGCCUCCGGGAUGGAGACCGAGUCCUUAGGAUCAACGGCAUCUUUGUGGACAAGGAAGAGCACACGCAGGUUGUAGAUCUGAUCAGAAAGAGUGGGAAUUCAGUGACUUUGCUCGUUCUAGAUGACGAUUCCUAUGAGAAAGCCAUGAAAAAACAGGUGGAUUUGAAAGAGCUGGGUCCAAGUCAGAAGGAGCCAAGUUUGAGUGAUAAGAAGCUGUGUCCUGUGAUGAAUGGAGGGGCGCAGACUUGGACCCAGCCGCGGCUCUGCUACCUGGUGAAGGAGGGGAGCAGCUAUGGCUUUUCUCUGAAAACUGUCCAAGGUAAAAAGGGAGUGUACAUGACCGAUAUCACACCCCAAGGUGUGGCUAUGAAAGCUGGCAUCCUGGCUGAUGAUCACUUGAUCGAAGUGAACGGAGAGAACGUAGAAGACGCCACCCAUGAGGAAGUGGUUGAAAAGGUGAGGAAGUCAGGGAGCCGUGUCACGUUCCUGCUGAUGGAUAAGGAGGCUGACAAGCACCACAGUGAGCAGAAUAUAAGAAUCAAGAGGGAAACAGCCAGUUUGAAAUUACUACCUUGCCAGCCCAGAGUUGUGGAGAUGAAGAAGGGAAGCAAUGGCUAUGGUUUCUAUCUGAGGGAAGGCCCAGGACAGAAAGGUCAAACCAUCAAAGACAUAGAUUCCGGAAGUCCAGCGGAGGAGGCUGGCCUAAAGCCCAAUGACCUGGUAGUUGCUGUCAACGGCGAGUGUGUGGAGUCCCUCGAUCACGACAGUGUGGUGGAAAUGAUCAGAAAGGGCGGAGAUCAGACUUCGCUGCUGGUGGUGGACAAAGAGACGGACAACGUCUACAGGCUGGCUCAUUUUUCUCCAUUUCUCUACUAUCAAAGUCAAGAGCUGCCUAAUGGUUCUGUCAAGGAGGCUCCAGCUCCCACUCCUCCUCUGGAGGCCUCAAGCCCAGACACUACAGAGGAAGCAGGCGGUCAUAAGCCUAAACUGUGCAGGCUGGUUAAAGGGGAAAACGGCUAUGGCUUUCGCUUAAAUGCAGUUCGGGGUCAGCCAGGCCCAUUCGUCAAAGAGGUACGAUAAUCUGGUUCCAGCAGCCCAAUGAACACAGCCCCAGCUGGGGGGGGGGGUCUCAAUUUCUCCCACUCAAUGAUGGUUCAGUACAAAGGUUCUACUGAAGGCCUACACUGAGCAUCUCACUUGAGUUCCCCUAAAUGCUGUCAUGGUCCUGUACCUUUAAGAUAGCUCCUAGUCAUCCUAAGUUCGCAUCUUUUGUUUCUUAAACAUCUGUUCCACCUAAUUAUCUCUUUAGAUACAGUUGACCCUUGAACAAUGUGCAGUGGGGGUUAGGGGUGCUGACACCCCGCACAGUUGAAAAUCCAUGUUUAACUUUCGACUCCCCCAACACUUAACUACUAAUAGCAGUUGACCAGAAUACCGAUAGCAUUGAUUAACACGUUUUGGAUGUUAUACGUAUUAUAUACUAUACCGUAUUUGCCGGCGUAUAAGACGAUUU